CGGAAGGGGCGCGGGCGCAGGACCCUGCGGGGCAGCUACGCGGGGUCCUCGCGCGCGUCCCACGUGGGACCGAGCCGAGCGGCGGUGCCGGUUCGAGAGACCCAGACGCGCCUUUCUGCCGCAUGGCAGCCGCUGGUGGAGCGCUCCUCCACGUUCCCGAGCCCCGCGCCGCAGCCCCCAGGACGUUCUCCAGGCCCCGCCCGGCGCAGGCGAGGCAGCGAGCAGCGGCCACCAAGAGGAGGAACCAAGCAUCCCGUGAGGCUCCCCCAGCCAAACGGAGGAGCGAAGCAUCCCUUCCCCCAGCCAGGGCCACCGAUGCCAAAGAAAAUCCCAGGGCCUUUAAGGGGAAGGCCCAGAAAGCCUUCUCUCCCGAGACGUCGUCAGCCGGGGCGAGCGACGGCAGCCGGGAGCGGAAACCAGGCGUGAAGACGUCCUCGCUGUUUAGGAACAACCCCGAGAUUCCCGCGCUCCUCAGACCUGCAGUAAAGCAGCGGCAAGAAAGUGUGUUCAGUUCAGACGCUUUUCAGGCCCUGGACCUCCACCCACAUUUAAUUUCCACAAUAAAUACCGUCUUAAAAAUGUCUAGUCUGACCAGCAUUCAGAAGCAGAGUAUCCCCGUGUUGCUGGAAGGCAGAGAUGCCCUGGUGAGGUCCCAGACGGGCUCAGGUAAAACUCUUGCCUAUUGCGUCCCUAUGGUCCAGUCUCUUCAAGCAGUGAAACCCAAAAUACAGCGUGGCGACGGCCCCUACGCUCUCAUCCUGGUGCCCACGAGAGAGCUCGCUCUCCAAAGCUUUGAUACUGUCCAGAAACUGCUUAAGCCAUUUACCUGGAUCGUGCCUGGAGUGUUAAUGGGAGGAGAGAAGAGAAAAUCAGAGAAGGCCAGACUCCGGAAAGGAAUAAAUAUCCUGAUCUCAACUCCUGGACGCCUCGUGGAUCAUAUAAAGUCCACAAAGAACAUGCAUUUUUGUCGGAUCCGGUGGCUGAUUUUGGACGAGGCAGACAGAAUCUUGGAUUUGGGGUUUGAAAAGGACAUCGCGCUGAUCCUCAACGCUGUCAAUGCCGAGCGCCCGGAGCGGCAGAACGUCCUGCUGUCGGCCACGCUUACGGAGGGUGUGACGCGGCUGGCAGAUAUCAGUUUACACGAGCCCGUCCGUAUUUCUGUCCUGGAGGGGAGCCAGGACCAGAUGCACCCAAAGAGCAGAGCCACUCUUGGAGCUUCUCCACCUGCAGCUAGCAGCGAGCCGGACGGCUUCGCCAUACCCGUGGGUCUCGAGCAGCACGUGGUGCUGGUCCCCAGCAAGCUGAGGCUCGUCUCCCUGGCGGCCUUCAUCCUGCAGAAGUGCAAGUUCGAGCCCGACCAGAAGGUGAUUGUCUUUUUCUCGAGCUGCGAGCUGGUGGAGUUCCACCACAGCCUCUUCCUCCAGACCCUGCUGGGCGGCUCGGGGGCCCUGGCCCCGGGGCGCCUGCCAUCUGCCUCCCCGCCGUUGACGUUCCUGCGGCUGCACGGGGACAUGGAGCAGGAGGAAAGAACAGCAGUGUUUCAAGAAUUCUCACGUUCCAAAGCAGGCGUCCUUCUUUGCACGGAUGUUGCAGCUCGGGGCCUUGAUCUCCCUCAAGUCACGUGGAUUGUCCAGUACACCGCUCCGUCUUCACCUGCUGAAUACAUCCACCGGAUUGGGAGGACUGCCCGGAUUGGCUUCCAGGGGAGCAGCCUGCUCAUUUUGGCUCCUUCGGAGGCAGAAUAUGUCAACUCGUUGGCUUCUCACAAAAUCAACGUUUCUGAGAUGAAGAUGGAAGAUAUUUUGUCUGUUCUGACAAGGGAUGACUGCUUUAAAGGGAGACGAUGGGGAAGCCAGAAAUGCCGCGCCGCGGGCCCCCAGGAAAUCCGCGAGCGAGCCACGGUCUUGCAGACGGUCUUUGAAGAUUACGUGCACUCCAGCGAGAGGACGGUCUCCUGGGCUAAGAAAGCCCUGCAGUCCUUCGUCCGCGCCUACGCCACCUACCCCCGCGAGCUGAAGCAUAUCUUCCACGUGCGAUCGCUCCACCUUGGGCACGUGGCUAAGAGCUUUGGGCUAAGAGACGCCCCUAAAAACCUCAGCACCUCGGCUCUAAAGAAGAAGAAGGCACACCUGAGAAGGCCUGACCCUCGCAGGAAGACCCAGAGCAAACACCGGCUUGCUGAACUCCUGCGUUCCGAAUACUCCAGCGGGAUGGGGGCCAGCGGCGCCAAGGUCAAAAGGCCAAACAAACGCGCGGGGCCCGGCAGCGCCGCCUGCGCCCAGCGCCCAGCCUUGGCCGUGGGACAAAAGUAAACCCCGAAGGCCUCCCUGAGGGACCGUGAGACUCCCCAAAAGUAUUUUUAAACUCUGCCGGCACAGGACCGGCCUCCGAGCGGAUGCUGUUCUCGGCGAGAGGACCCUCGAGUGAACGGACAGCCGCCUUCCCUGCUCCCCGGGCCCCCAGGACAGGAGCCCGCCGAGGCCCGAGGGGACUCAGCAGGGCGGGGGCCGGCAGGGGACAGAGCAGCCGGCUGACCCGCCUGGUGGACGAGCGCUGUUGAUCCUGUCACCGCCCACGCCUGUCUUCGCCCGUUGUCGUCACACGGUGCCCUGCAACCCAUGUCAAAAACCUCGCCCAUCAGCCGAAAGGGAUUCGAUCCUGCCCUGUUGACGCUGUUCUGAAGACGUUUAACCGUUUCCUUUAACCUGCCCUCUCCAGGCAUAUGCCGGCAUGGAUUUUGUGGAAGAGGAUUUUAAAAACGAAUUGAACGUACAAAUCCACUUUGUAAGGGAGGAGGAGAACCCGUCCCCGGCCUUCUCAUGAUCCACCAGUGCUUUACUCAAAAGGCCGGAAGCAGGGCUUGGUGUGGCUCAGAAACCAGCCCUAGGGUCUGCAUGCAGGCUGCUCUGCGCUCCACGUCGCGUGCACCCGCAGCACUUGCGCCUUCCUGUCAGGGGAAAAGGCUCUCUCAGGACGACGUCAUUUACUGUUGCCUUUUUUAUUAUUUGCCUUUGAAGUCAAAAGGCACCGAUGUCCCGAGCUUUUUCUCCCAUCCAGUCCCCUCUUGUCUUCAGGGAAGGUCCGGGGUCUGUAUUGUGGCUGGGGCCCCGGCUGCUCCUCCCUCCCUCACUGUGUUUUGUGGGAGGUUUCAAAGAGGCCCCCCCGGGGCAUAUUGAUUUCCCAAUAAAUGUAAGACUCGGACAUGGGUAACUCCAGAGGGGCCAAAGGAGAGGGUGGGAAGGCCUGGGCACCUCUCUGUGCCCCCAGCGGCAUUCUCAUCACUCCACCUCUCCUCCUGUUCUCAGUACACCCCACCCCCACCCCCACCCCCCGCUGCUGCGGGCACAGGUGCCCCGAGGCCGCGCUUGAGCAGACCCUCCAGAUCCACGUGGACUAAAGUGUCAGGGGAGGGUGGUGAGAGUUACAAGGUGGGCUCUCGACGGAGACGGGGGACGUAGGGAGUGGGGGUCGGAGUCCUUGCCUUCAUCCCUCAGAGGCGAUGUGAACUUGAGCAGACAUCACAUCGGAAGGGACUCCCGCUGAGCCUCACAAGCCCUGAGCCUCUGCAGGAGGGCAAAUGUGACCUCACAGCGGUGGCUGUCACAUAGGAACAGUUGGUGAAAUCUGUAACCGUAGUAAUAAAUAAACCUGCAGCACAAGUCACACUGA